AACGAAUGAAUGAACGAAGGAAGAAGCAUUGAAGAAGAAGAAGAGCUGCAUUCAUCUUCAUCGCUUUCUUCUAUUUCAAUAAAAACCUUCUCUCUCUCUCUCUCUCUCUGAGAUCGAUAUGGCCAUCGCAACAGAGACUCAACCUCAGCCUCAUCAACAACACCAUACGUUGCAGGCUUCUUCGGAGGUAUCAGGUUCAGCUAAGGAUCAAAGAAGGUGGAUUCUAAAUGAUUUUGAUAUUGGAAAACCUCUUGGUAGGGGCAAAUUCGGCCAUGUCUAUUUGGCCAGAGAAAAAACUAGUAAUCAUAUCGUUGCGUUGAAAGUACUCUUUAAGAGCCAAUUGCAACAAUCUCAAGUUGAGCAUCAGCUUCGCAGAGAAGUUGAAAUACAGAGUCAUCUGCGACACCCUCACAUCUUGCGCCUUUAUGGAUACUUUUAUGAUCAGAAACGAGUUUACUUGAUUUUAGAGUAUGCACCCAAAGGUGAACUUUACAAGGAAUUGCAGAAAUGCAAAUAUUUCAGUGAAAGACGCGCAGCUACUUAUGUUGCAUCAUUGGCUCGAGCCCUUAUAUAUUGCCAUGGAAAGCAUGUCAUACACAGGGACAUUAAACCAGAGAACCUUCUUAUUGGUGCACAGGGUGAACUUAAGAUAGCGGAUUUUGGGUGGUCAGUGCACACAUUCAAUCGCAGGCGGACCAUGUGCGGCACACUGGAUUACCUUCCACCUGAGAUGGUGGAGAGUGUAGAACAUGAUGCGAGUGUGGAUAUAUGGAGCCUUGGUGUCCUUUGCUAUGAGUUUCUUUAUGGAGUUCCCCCUUUUGAGGCUAAAGAACAUUCUGAUACUUAUAGGAGGAUAAUUCAAGUGGAUCUCAAGUUCCCUCCUAAACCAAUCGUUUCUUCUGCUGCCAAAGACCUCAUCAGCCAGAUGCUGGUCAAGGAUUCCUCUGAACGACUACCAUUGCACAAACUCCUAGAACACCCUUGGAUUGUUCAGAAUGCAGAGCCCUCCGGUAUAUACAGGAGCUAGUGUGCCUUGCCAACUACUUUCUUUUCUUAAUGGAAAUCACAAGAAUAGCAGCUUCUUCAAAAUAAUUGACUGAUGCUGAGAUGAUGCAAAAAUUAUUUGAAGAUUUGUAAACUUAAAAAUUUAAAACCAUUUGGUUGACUGAUGGUUGCUUGAAGCAUCUGAUAAAAGAAAAGUAUUUGUGUGAGAGGAAUCAAUUCACCACAUCCUUUUUCACAUGCGAUCUUAUCCCCCAUAGAUGUCUUGUUCAGAAACAGAAUAACCAAUUUAUUAUAUCCAAUUUUUAUGUGUAUUAUUAUUAUUAUUAUUAUCAUCAUCAUACAUUGUAGUGUUUUGGAUAAUAUGUGUCAUUGUUCUGUAUGUGUAUUUACUCAGUAGUUUUUUCUCCAGCAAAA